GUAUACGUACUGGAUUUCGGUAUGGCACGAGAGUACGUGCAUGCAGAUGGUCGUAUGCGAAAUCCACGCGCAUUGACGGGUUUUAGACCGAUUCGUCAGCAUUUCAGUGGAAAAAUUGCCGGAAAAUGA